CGCAGUUUUUGAACGCCCCGCCGGUGCUUCAGCUCGCCAUUAAUUCUGAUUUUGAGGGGAAUGUUCAUUCAAAAACGAUAAACCAAAACAACACGAUAAUUAAGUCUUAUAAUGUCGCUCGGAGACGGUGAGUCUGCGAGGGCACACAGUGCUCACUUUGACGAAUCUCCAAAAUUCCAAGGGAAGUUCCCCAGGAAAUCCCCCGCUCGGUUAUAUUAUCGUCGACGGCGUGAAGCCACACCGCCCUAACAACAGUGCCACUUCCUCGGAUACAUUCGAGAGGAAAACGCGGGUCGGGAACCGUCGCGUGGUGGAUUACUAAAACUUAAUUCAAACCACGAUCGAGCCUCGCGCAAGAAUGGACCCAGCCGACGCCGACAAGAAGCGGAGCUACAGCACGCUCAACACGCUGUACCACGAAAGCCGGCAGGAGAUGGAGCUCCUGGCCAAGCAGCUGGCGGCCAAGGACAACAUUAUAGCCGAGCUCAAGCUGAGGCUAGCCGGCCACGAGAGGCUUUGCUUGUCGGUGGGCGACAACCAGUCGGUGGUGGUCGGGCCGUCCAAGUCUCUGCUGGAUAGUUUGUGCAAAGAAAUCUACAAGCUGAAGCAGAAGAGCAACGAGACGGAUUUGAAAGUGGUCAGACAAGAAGAGGAGAUCCAGAGACUGAGCGAGCAGCUGUGUCAGAAGGACGAGCAGCUGGAAAGCGUCAAGUGCGGCGCAAAGAGCCCCGGGGAAUUGAACGGUGAUCCCGAAAAGGAGCUGGAGCUCCGGAGGUUGCGCUCGGCCGAAGCCACCAGGACCGUUCUGUGCACGUCGCUGGCCGAGGAGGCCGAACAGCUACGGGGCCAGCUGGGGGCCACCGUCCAGGUGUGCCGCCAGCUGAUGGCCAAGCUGGAGAAAAGCAAAGCGGGCAAGGCGCAGGCGGGCGAGCAAGCCGCGACGCAGCCACCCGAGUCACCUGACAGAUCUACGAAUUCCCAAAUCCGCCAACUUGAGGACGAGAAUCGGCAGCUGAAGCAGCGUGUUGCCUACGUCCAGGGCCUGAACUCGCAAUGGCAGAAGUACGACUCCAGCCGGGAGGACUACAUCCGAGGACUGUGCCAGCGGCUCAAGAGUGUGGCAGCGACGCGCCCUGCUCCUUCGCUCGCCUCGGCCGGUGCCGGUGCCGCUUUGCUCCAUCAAGAGAUUUCCCGACUUAACGGCCUGCUGGAGGACAAACUGAGCGAGUGCGCCAGGCUGCGAGGAGAAGCCCAGGAAGCCAGCAGCAAAGACAGAGAACGCAUUCAGACGCUGGAGCAGCAGGUACUCAUCUACACGGAAGAUUUUAAGUCUGAGCGGGCCGACCGGGAGCGAGCUCAGGGACGCAUUCAAGACCUCAAGGAGCAAAUUUGUCACUUGAAGCAGCAACUACACAAACAGGGAUCGACUCGAGAAACCAGGGAGGUCCCCGUGUGUCACGUGCACAUCGGUCACCGAGUCUCGUCGUCCUCUUCCUCGCGACGCCACCACCGGGACGUUGGGGAUUGUUCGGGGGUCCGGAACAACACGCCACGUCUGUUGGCUCCCUCCGCGGCGGUUCCCUCGCCACCGGCUCCCUCGCCACCGGUGCUACCGCAGGAUGCCGCCCUAAUGGAGGUCCCAUCAGAUCUGCAGUGCCCACGCUGCUUGGCCACCUUUAGCGAGGAUGACGCCGCCCGCUAUCUCAACCACUGCGAGGAGUGCGCCACCUUGUGAGCACGACUGGGACAUUUUGCGCACUACAUGGAAUACCUCAACCUGAACAAAAAAGAUUUUUUAUUAUCGGUGAGAGUCAUUUAAGCCUUUGAGCUAAGGUCACGCAUUAAAGUCUUAGGCCACCGUGUGGUUUGGAAUAGGCAAAUUUGUGUAUUUUGGGGCGGGAACCUAUCGUCGUUAUUUGCUUGACUACUUUCUGCUUUUUUGCUGUCAAUAUAAACAGAUAGUUUCGACGCCAAUACCGGUGACCAGUACAUAUUGUUAGCCUAAUUGCCUCAGUCGGUUUCGGUCGAUGCGGAAAAAGAAUACAGCAUUUUUAAAAUCAAAAUAUUUCCAUCAAACUGAAAAGCUGAAGAGUUUGUUCCGAUAAAUGGUAAACUUUCAGAAAAAAAUACUUUUAUGAUCACAAUAGCGGAAACAAUCAUUGUAAUGGUCGCCAAAGACUUUAUUCGCGUACUUUGAAUGCAAACUUUAUAAGCUUCCUCUUGUUGAAUCACAAAAUCUCACUUGGUGCUAGAAAUCUAUUCAUAAUUUAUUAUCAUACACAAAAGCCAUAAGAUAUAGUUCUACUGUUAGAUUAUUUUAAUAUAAAAUAUAGAAGUGUAUUUAUUUAAUUUGUAAUGUAUGCAAAGGACCCGAUUUUGGAAGAUAUGGUGCUUUUUCCCCCCCCUCCCUCUGAGCUGAUCAUCUAUUUUUAUAAUAAAAUAUUUCAUAAAUGAUCA